UUCUUCAUUCCGCUUCCUUCCAUCAAUCAAUCCUUCCUCCCUCCCUCAGUCCUUCCCCCCAUUUUUGGCCCCUUUCCAUUUUUCCUCACAAAAUAAAACCAGCCGCAACGGAGGCGCAAACCCCCGCGGAACCCGACCGCGAAUUCUCCUCGCAGCUUCCGCCGCCCGCCGCCGUGGCGUCCGUCCCUUCGACGAGGUUGUUGUGGUGCCUCCUUCGGAUAUUCGAUGAUAAGGAUACAAAGCAACUGAGUACAAGAAGUUCGGUGGUGUAACAGCACUGGGCUUUGGAAGACUAGCAGAACCAAUUUUGAUGGACCAUCUUGGUAUUCUUGCGUCUGAAUUAGGCGAUGCAUCAGACUUUGACGUUGAUGGCAUCAACAGCCUCAGUGAGAAUGAUGUCAGUGACGAGGAGAUUGAUGCCGAGGAGCUGGCCCGUCGAAUGUGGAAAGACAAGAUCAAGCUCAAGAGGAUCAAGGAGAGGCAGCAGAAGCUUGCUCUGCAGCAGUCCGAAUCGGUGAAGUCCAAGACAAAGAAGAUAUCCGAUCAGGCGCUCCGAAAGAAGAUGGCGAGGGCGCAGAAUGGGAUUUUGAAGUACAUGCUCAAGCUGGUGGAGGUGUGCAAUGCACGAGGGUUUGUUUAUGGGAUCAUUCCUGAAAAGGGGAAGCCUGUCGGUGGCGCAUCAGAAAACAUUAGAGCCUGGUGGAAGGAGAAGGUGAAGUUUGACAAGAAUGGGCCAGCGGCGAUUGCAAAAUAUGAGCUUGAGAACUCGAUGCUGAGCAAGAGCAAUGGGACAAAGAAUCAGCAUAGCUUGAUGGAUCUCCAAGACGCCACUCUGGGCUCAUUGCUUUCAGCGUUGAUGCAGCACUGCAGUCCACAGCAGAGAAGGUAUCCAUUGGAUAAGGGUGUCCCGCCCCCAUGGUGGCCAUCGGGGAAUGAGGCAUGGUGGACUGCUUUGGGCCUUCCCAAGGGAGAAGGUCCUCCGUACAAAAAACCUCAUGAUCUAAAGAAGGCAUGGAAAGCUGGAGUUCUGAUGGGUGUGAUCAAACACAUGGCCCCGAACUUUGAUAAGAUUAGGGAUCAUGUAAGGAAGUCAAAGUGUUUGCAGGACAAAAUGACCGCAAAAGAGAGUCUGAUUUGGUUGGGAGUUUUGCAACGUGAAGAGAAGUCUAUUCAUAGUUUUGGCAGGGCGGCAUUAUAUAUAACCCAUCAGAGCACUUCAGGGGAUAAAAAUGACACAUAUAGCAGCAGCGAUGAGUAUGAUGUUGACCGGUUGGAGCAGCCUCCUCGUUCUACAUCAUCCAAAGAGGAUGAAGGAGAUACUCAGCCUGUUUUGCAGAUAAGAGGACCACAGAUCUCAACUAGAGUGAAGAAGAGAAGGCGCCGUGAUAAACCCUCCAACCGAGUUGUUAGUAAGGAAGAAAUGACUAAAUCUCAGCAGCAGAAAAGCCCCUCAGACCAUCCUCCAAUUGCUGAGGAUGAGGUUGAAGUGACACAGAGAAAUGAUAAUCCACCAGAAACAGUGAGCACUGCGAUUAGUGAUAUGAACAUAUUUUACCCAAUGGAUGUGGUGGGCAUGACUAACCAGGCAACUAGUCUCAAGCAUGUCCCUACAAUAGGAUCUUUGCAACAGCAUGCGGAUUCUCAAGGGAAUUUCCUAACUUCUGGUGCUGCGAUGAACAACUGCAACAGUAACCAGGAUGCAAGCGCUGCUCUCAACAACAACAGUAAGCAGGCUGCUAGUGCUGAUCUCAACAACUACAGCAGUACCCAGGCUGCAAGAGCUGCUCAAUCAAGCACUUCUCUAAGCGACCCCCCUCUGGCUUAUGAAGGCAGCGACGACAUUGUCAACUCAUGGUUAGCACACUCAUUUCAGCAGGAUAUUGAUCAUGGGCCAAUUGGUGUUAAUCCUUCACCAGUUGUUCAGCCUUCGACAAUGCAGCCGCCACUACCACUGCCUAUGGAUCACCAUGCGCCUAUUGUGGGUACAGGAGCGCUGUCCGUGGACGGUUCUUAUAGCUAUCCUACGGCAGGCAGUGGGCAUGUGGGGACUGUUGCUAGCGAAGCCCACCAGCUCAUGGGUGGUUCUUUCUUUGGCGAGGCCGCUGAUAAGUUUCCAGGCAACUCUUUUGGCACACUUCCUUUGAGCCUCAUUCCGAUCGGUAGUCCGAUCCAUUACCUCGAUGGUUUUCUGGACGACGAUGAGUUAAUGCCAUACCUGGGCACAUGACACAAGUAAUUUCCUUUUGAAUACCGCUUGGUCGGUUACCCAUCAAAAUAUGUCUUAUCGAUUUCGUUUGCAACAAGAGUUCACGACCUGUACUGGUAUGUUAAAUUCCUUACCAGGCCAGUUCUUGCGUUUGCUGUGACCGAUACCUGAUAACUGCGGGUCAGUGGUUCACCAUGCUUGUUCGUGUCGUGCUGGUGGGUGUUGCGGCAGGUAUAGCUCCUGAACCGCGGGGUGCAUCGUCGAUAGGCGACUCAUUUGUAAGAAUAAUAAUAAUGUACUUUAGAUCUUAGGGUGCUCCUGAACUGUGGUUGCCAAAAGGCAUACUACUGCCAUUAGCCUUGAACUUAGCCUGUAGGAGAGGAGUACUCGUUAGGAACUUGUGGCAUGAUGCGGCUGGUGGAGAAUUCCCGCCUCUGGUUAAAGCAUUUUAUUUUAUUAGUGUAUAUACAUAUUCUUAUUAUUAGUUUCUGUUGAUCUGCAGGCUGCGUGCC